GAGGGAGGAAGACAUUGAACGGCGCACUCUUCCUGUUUCCUAGUAACAAAAGGAAGUGUUUGUUGUGCAGGGAGAUGAUAUAAAUGGUCCUGGAUUGAUUCCUCGGGCCGGGCCCCUCACCCGAAGGCCCCGGGGGAAUCACCUAGGAAGAGAGGAGAGUUGCAACCGGGGCCCCUGGGUGUCCUGAGGGCCCCAUUUAAUGGCAUCACGGAUCAGGCUGGCACUGACUGACUGAGACCUCACACAAGGUCUGGGAGCCCCAGACAUUACUGUCACUGCUGUUACCGGACCCAUGGAUGAAGAUUUAAGAAGUGCAAAAGACCCUGCCAAUGAUUGGGCCUGCGAGAGACGCAUCAACCUUGAAACAAUGCCACAGCUUGAAGUGAUCUCUUGAAAAUGUAGCUUCUUCCCCUGCUGAUUGUGGGAGAUUCCAUGUUUUGGAAGACAUCCUACAUUGCAGAACAAACAUGGAUGAUGGGUCUUACCAAGCGGAGGGUUCUUCAGACCAAAAUCUGAUCUCUGACCAGAGCACCAUGGCUUUCUCUGGUAUGAAAGCAUUGGAAAGUUACCAUGAAGAUAGACCAUAUAAAUGUAAUCAAUGUGACAAGAGUUAUCGGCACGCAGGAAGUUUAGUCAACCAUAAGAAGACUCAUCAAAUUGGUCUCUACACGUGUUUGAUAUGUCAGAAGGAGUACUCCAACCCCAUGGGCUUGAAAAGUCACUUGCGCACUCACUCAGAGGAGAAACGUUUUAAGUGUGAACAGUGUGGAGAAGCUUUUCGGAUGUCACAGCAGCUGUACAAUCAUCGGAGGUCUUUACAUGGUUGUCAAUCUACCCCCAGUGGGGACAAAAUUUUAAGAAGCUCCAAAUUUGAAGUGCAGUCCUCAGUACUGGUGGACAGUAAUAAUCUAAUAAGUAACUUGGAGAACUACAUUGCUGAAUCCAUGUUGCCUGUGGACUUUCCUCAGCUUGUCUCAAAAUAUUACCCAGAUGAAAAAGCAGGAAAUGGAAGCCCUGCAAAAGAGGACGCAGAAGAACAUGAAGAUUUUACAGAUGAGAAAGAUCAGCCGAAUGACAGUAACGUCGAGGAAUAUCGGUACAAGUGUACUCAGUGUGGGAAAUCUUACAAACAUGCGGGAAGUCUAGCCAACCACAGGCAAAGCCAUAUGGUUGGUAUAUACCAGUGUGCAGUCUGCUAUAAGGAGUUCUCAAACCUUAUGGCAAUGAAAAACCAUUGUCGUCUCCAUUCAGACUCUAGAGCUCGACGAAGUUGUAAAUCCCCUCGAUCUUCUGGAACAAGUGCUGGUGUCCAUAUAGACAGAUCUGCGCCACCACAGAUUGAGAAGACAGAUAAUCCACCUAGUUUACCUGAUUCAUCCGAGAACAUCAAAUCUGAAGAUGAUAAAGAAGCCAUCCUCGGACCUCACACCUGCCAAGAAGAUCUUGCAUCUUCGUUAAGCCCUCUUGCAAAGCCUAACAAUGAUUUGACCGAUUCUACCUUCUGUUCAGACUCGAAGAUUGAGAGUAGAAAUGAAGAUGAAUCCAAAGAAAUGGCAAAAGACUUUCUAGUUGAACAACCAGAUUAUGAAGAUGCACAUGAUGAAGAUACGGGUUUUGGCGAUAGACCUUUUAAGUGUCAGGAAUGUGGAAAGACCUACAGGCAUGCGGGGAGCCUCAUAAAUCACAAAAAAACUCAUCAAACUGGUGUGUACAGCUGUUCCUUGUGUUCCAAACAGAUGUUCAAUAUGGCUGCCUUAAAAAACCAUCUUCGGGCUCACUUUAAGUCUAGAGCAGGAAAGAGGUUAGGAGAUGCCUACUUCUCUUCUGCUAGCUUGUCUGAGUUCUAUCAAAACCAAGAAGAUUUCUAUCAGGGAAGAAUCCGUGAGAUUUCUGCCAAUGAGAGCGACUUCUUACAACAUCAGUUACUUCACCAGAAGCCAGAAAUAGAUAAAAUAUCGAAUGAGAAACGCGUAGAGGAAGUUCCUGAAUCAGGUGUUUGGCAAGAAACUCUUCACGUUUCACAAGGUAGCAGUGAAGAUUCUGCAUAUUCAAGUGGACCUGGCUUCCCAGAUGUCAUCAAGAUAGAGAAGGACAACUUGGAUGAUUCCUUAGCAUCUCCACAUGAAAUAAAGCUGGAAAACAGAGAUGAUGGUGUCCACAACACUGAUGAUGGUUUAGAGCAGCCUCAACCUGAUCCGAUCACCUCGAAAGAGCCUGAAUCUUUGCCAUUGGAAGAACACCCCCAAUCAACAGACUAUCGUCCACAUAAGUGUGAAAUUUGUGGCAGAACGUAUCGGCACAAAAGCAGCUUAAUAAAUCACAAGCUAACUCACAAGACCGGAGUGUAUCAGUGCUCUCUUUGUCCAAAGCAAUACUCUAAUCUAAUGGCCCUAAGAAAUCAUGUCCGUUUCCACCGUAGAUCAUAUACGGGAAGAAGAGGCAGAGCAUCCAGACGAGGCCGACAGUUUUUUAGGACCAAGCCCAGGUUUUUGCAGAACAAGAACAGCCACUUCCUGGCUGCCUCUUUAAAGGUAAAUGAUGAUGUACGCCAUGUAGCCACCACAAUUAAUAGGGCUGUUGAAGAACCUUUGAAUGAGUCCCAGAGUCAUUGCCCAUGUGGAAAGUCAUUUGACUGUUUAGAGCAUUUCCAAACACAUAGAAAGAACUGUCCAAGUGCAAUAACCAUAUCUCCUGCAACGACCCUCACAAACAUUCAGUGUGCAAUUUCUAUAGCAACCACAGAAAAAGAUCUUUCCAAAGUAAAUGGACCUGUAGGACAUCACGAGAAGGUUCCAAAAAGCUCAGAAAACCACAGAAGGAGAGUGUAUGAAUGUAACCUGUGCAAUAAGUCAUAUAGACAUUCAGGAAGCCUAAUCAACCACAAAAGAACACAUCAAACUGGUGACUACAUGUGCCCGUAUUGCUCCAAGCACGUACAUAACAUGGCUGCCUUAAAAAAUCAUAUUCGAAUUCACCACAAAGUAAAAAAAGCCCAGCAAGGAGAACUGCAUGUCGACCAUGCACUUCUAUAUUCAGAUUUUUCCUAUCCAUCUGAUGGUAAAGGCCUAUACAGUUGUAUCAGCUGUGAAAAAAGGUUCCACACUGAAAAUGAUUUGCUGGCACACCAAAUGGUACACACAGAGGAAAAUCCGUGGGAUCAUCAGGGCCACCGGUCCAGCUCACUAGAGGUUAAUAAAGAUACAGCUUUUGGAGACUACAGCUGGGACCACUCCAAUAACCUGAAUUUCCAAGAUGAUGAACAUAAACAUCUGGGCUCUGCAGAAGACGAACAGCCCGAAUACACCUGUGUAGAAUGUGGAGAAGUAUAUGACCAUAUAGAUGAUUUAAAUGACCAUAAACGUAGCCAUCAGGCGGGUAUAUACCAGUGCUCCUUUUGCCCCAAAGAAUACCCUAACCUUCUUUCUCUGAGAAGUCAUUUUGAGACCCACACGAAGCCUCAAACCCUCAGGAAUACAAGCUUAGAUGGACCUGAAGGGAGUGAAUUUGUGGACAACCAGCUCCCAUCCGAUAACCACUAUGACUGUGGUCACUGUGGUUUGAUUUUUUCAAAUGAAGUUGACUUCCACCAACAUCAGGUUGCUCACGAGAAACAUCAGGCCAUGGAGGAAUCUCUUCCAGAACUGCACAGCGAAGAACAAGAGGCAGAAUUCUCGUUCUCUAUGCAUUCAUCGGAAAGGGAACUAUUAAGCAGAAUAAAAAGCGAGAUAGAGGAAACCGAGAACAGUGAAGCCAAUGACGGGGGAGGCCUGCUGUCCCACAUCUGUGGUUUUUGUGGGAAAACCUACGAUGAUUUAGAGAGCUUACAGGCUCACAGCUUUAGUCACAGCCACGAGGAAUCCUCUGCCAAUGAAAAAAUCUACCCUGAAGCAAUUCAAGAAAUCGAUGAGAAUCAACAGCAACACAGUCCAAUAUUAAAGAAUAGUGAAGGCUCUGGCUCAACUGCUAAAAACGAAGACAGUCCGGAGAGCCGCCCUUAUACUUGCGAACAGUGUGGAAAGACUUAUCGACAUGGCGGAAGUUUAGUAAAUCAUAAAAAGACUCACUUAGUUGGAAACUUCAAGUGUGUAGGUUGUUCUAGGCAUUACCCCAACCUGGCUGCUUAUACAACCCAUUUGAGGCAUCACCCAAAGUGUAAGCAGCCGGCAGCUUUGAGCAAUCGCCAUCAGCUACAAUCCUCUGCUGUAAAUGACCGUAUAUACCGCAGUGGGGGCGAGAAACCGUUUUCUCCUCCUUCCAGUUUACCUUUGCCUUCUGACUUUGCUAGUCGAGGCAAUGGCAUUAAAAAAACAACUAAAGAUGGUAGCUUGCAAGGUCAUCCCACUUCCCAGUAUUACAACCAAACACCAAAAAGUAAGACUUCAAGGAGACGGUUUUCUAGACGGAUAGUCAGACUAAAUGUAGUCCAGAGCAGUAAGAAGAAUUCUUCAGAGUGUCCAUUAGUGAGCAAAGCUCUUAAUGUGUCUGACGUCGAAGAGAAAAAGCUUCAGGUCUGCGAUUUCUGUGGUAUGAGAUUUGGGGUGAAGGAUCUAGCACUACAUCGUUCUGGUAAUUGUAGCUCUCACCCUGAUAAACUUGGUGCUCUAGUUGAGCAUCAUAAAGUUCAAGAUCUUCCAGUCUUUGCCAACUCUGUUCCAUCACAAAAUGAAGGAGAGACUGGAUUUCAUCGCCGUCCAUUCCGUUGCGAAGUGUGUGGCAGGAGCUACAGACAUGCUGGGAGUCUUAUUAACCAUAAGCAGACUCAUAAGACUGGAAUUUUCCGCUGUUCCAUCUGUCAGAAGCGCUUCUUUAAUCUAAUGGCAAUGAAGAAUCACAACCGCAUCCAUUUUGAGCUAAAGAGGCACACAUGCCUGGAUUGCGGUAAAGCUUUUCGGCUGCAAAAACAACUAGAUACUCACCAAAGAAUUCACCGGCAAAGGGCCUCAGCCAAAAAGUUAGGAAGACGCAACCGUAAAAGCAGAUACCGAAGACUUUCUCAAGGGAAUCGUCAAAAGUCACUGCAAGUUUCAAGUGAAAGCUCUUCUGUUGGUAAUGUUGCCGGAGAGAAAAGCUCUGAUUCUCGUGUGAAGAGAGAAAUGGAUCCAGAUUCCCGUCCAUACCAGUGUGUGGAGUGUGGAAGAUCCUACAGACAUGCUGGAAGCCUGUUCAACCAUAAGAAAAGCCACAAAAUGGGUCAGUUCCAUUGUUCAGUCUGUGACAAAACCUACUCUAAUCUAAUGGCUUUGAAGAACCAUCAGCGCACUCACUAUGAAGCCAAAAGACAUCCUUGUUCUCAGUGCGGGAAAAUCUUUAAGUGGAAGAGGCAACUGAUAAGGCACCAACUUGUUCAUGUUCAAGAAGGAUCCCAGUCUGACCCUCAGAUACCAUCAAGAACAGAAGAAGCAAAAACCAUAGAUGACCACCAGGAAGAAAACCCCACUGUGGAUCCUGAAGCAUCCAGCUUUAAUAAUGAGGAUGUCUCCAGUGAUGCAGACAAGAACAGCCAUGAAUGUCUUGAUUACGCUUCUCCAUUAAAACCAGUAUGUGUUACUUGUGGAAUGUCAUUCACGGACUAUGAUGAGCAGGAGAGCCAUACGUGUAAAGAAAAUGGCUUAGACGUGUUGGCCUCUGCGGAGAGUGAGGGAAGAGAAUCUACACAACCUAAAAACAAGGAUGAACAACCCCAUGAGGGUAAUGUUUGCAGCCGUCCCGGUCGCCAUGCUGGCAGUUUGCACCCUCAGAAGAGCACACAUGAAAGUAGAAACUCCAAGUGCUCAGUGUGUCACAAAGAGUUUCUCCACCCCAUCUCUUUGAAGACCCAUCUGCGGACUCAUGCUGCCGAAAAGCGCUUUCAGUGUGUGGAUUGUGGGCAGUCCUUUCCAUCUUCCCAGAAGCUGUUCAAACACAGCUCAGUCCAUACCGGAGAAAAAACAUUCCAUUGUCCGACCUGUAACCAUAGGUUCAGAUGUGAACUAACCCUUGAACAUCACCAACGCACUCAUGAGCCAUUGUCUUCUUCACAGUCUUCCUCACUAGUUUUGCCAACACAGACUCUGCACAGUGAAAAAAAGGCGUCACAAUCCGAGGAAACGUUACAAAAUGAUAAAGACCGAGCGAGCCAAGAUGAUCGCAAGUACAAAUGCAAGCAAUGCGGCCGUUCUUACCUCCAUGCUGGGAGCCUGUUUAACCACCAGAAAACCCAUAAAAUCGGAGUCUACAAGUGCCCAAACUGCCUCAAGGUUUUCUCCAAUCUGUUGGCCUUCAAGAAUCACCUCCGCAUCCACAGAUACAACUGCAAGGAGUGCGGAAAAGCCUUCCGUAACUCCAGUGACCUUGCUGCACACUCAAAGGUCCAUGAAGAAGAAUCCUUCACGUGCUCGCUUUGUAAUAAACACUUUCUUUGCCGUUCCAGUUUUAAACGACAUCAACGCAUCCACAGCAACCAGGACGGUGACAUUGUAGACCCUCAGGCGGUAUCCAAUUUUAUGGUUGAAGUAACAUGACUGUCACCGUGAUGACCAUGGUUGUCACAUGUAGCAUGAAGUCUACACAUCCAAAUACCAACAACACUUGCGGAUUCCAUUUAAAAAAAUUAUUUUAGUGACCUCAGCAGUGUGCCAUUAACCCUUCCCAGGCUGUCCAGCUGUAGAUAAUAACUUAAUAAUGGACAGGCCUACAGAACUGACGUGGUGCAGGAUCCUCUUCUGUUACAUUGCCCUUUUUAAAUUUUUUGCACACAGGACGGUGAGGGGUUAAUAUUCCCUUUGCAAAUGCACUUCUCUCCUGAUAUAAUGGUGCUUUAAUGAAACACUUGACACCAGGGUGUCUAUUACAGCAACGCCACGUUGCAUUCCCCCCCCAUCCCCCCAACCUGUAGCUAGAUUAUCUGUUUACUUCCUCCGCACCAUUCCAGGGGAGGAUUAGGAACUGUUCUGGGACUGAAGUAUGUUCUAAGCUGGGGUGGGCUACAUGACGGGGCUUGAAACGGGUUUACACAUCUGCCAAGCGUAGAUCUUCCCUCGGACCCAGCACUGUCUAGCAGAUGGGUCUUUUUAAUUUAUAUUGUACAGGGUUCCUGGAACCUGCACAUGGAUUGUGUCGGACGGGGAAUAUGCAGAUAAAAUCAUGUGGAA